GCUGCGUUUCAGACUCAGCGAGAGGAUCAUGGCGGAUGGCCCCAGGUGUAAGCGCAGAAAACAGGCCAACCCGAAGAGGAGCAGCGUGACAGACUUCAACAAUGGCUUGGAGGCCAGUUCGGACUCGGACGACGAGGACAAGCUACACAUUGUGGAGGAGGAGAGCCUGCAGGAGCCGGAGGCCGCCGCUGCUGCUGCCGCCACCGCCACCGCCGCCAUCAAGGUCGAGGUGACCACGCCACAGGACAGCCAUGACGCCACCGCAACAGUAUUACCCCCCAACGGCUCCUGGAAAGAAGUGAAGGAGGAGUAUGUGUCCGAGGAGGAGGAAGAGGAGGCAGUGAAGGAUGCACUAGUGGAGGAGAUCCUCCAGCAGGGAGACACAGCCGUCAUCUAUCCUGAAGCCCCCGAUGACGAGCAGAGUCCGGUGGAGACAGGAGGCGCCGAUGAAAACGGCACCCCCGACUCCUUCUCCGCGUUGCACACUUGCCCGUACUGCUCCCGGGGCUACAAGCGCAACGCCUCGCUGAAGGAGCACAUCAAGUAUCGCCACGAGACCAGUGAGGACAACUACAGCUGCUCCCACUGCAGCUACACCUUCACCUACCGCUCGCAGCUGGAGAGGCACAUGAGCCACCACAGAGGCACCAGGGAUCAUCGUCACGUUACCCAGUGUGCAGGAGGAACAGGUGGUCCGCGCAAGUUCAAGUGCACCGAAUGUUUCAAGGCCUUCAAAUACAAGCACCACCUGAAGGAGCAUCUGCGCAUUCACAGCGGUGAGAAACCUUACGAAUGCUCCAACUGCAAGAAGCGCUUCUCCCACUCCGGCUCCUACAGCUCCCACAUCAGCAGUAAGAAGUGUGUUGGCUCCGCCCUCGGGUUCCCCAAUGGCGCCACCCGGACGUUGAUCAAACCCGCCCCCCCCACCGCCCAGACCACACCCGUUGUGAUCGCCCCGGCCCGCAUUAUCCUGAAAGAGAAGACCGAGAGCAAGCCCCUCCAGGAGCAGCUGCCCAUCACCCAGAUCAAGUCCGAGCCCGUGGAGUACUCGUGUAAGCCCGUGAUGGCGGCGCCGGCUACUUCGGCCGGUACCAACGGCGUGGUGAACGGGGGGGUCUCUGGGACGGCCACGGCUCCAGCUACAUCCAUUCCUCAGGGUGUGGCUAUGGUGGUGCCGACGGUGGGCCUGAUGUCGCCCAUCAGCAUCAACCUGAGCGAUUUGCAGAACGUCCUGAAGGUGGCGCUGGACGGAAACGUGCUCCGUCAGGUGCUGGGCACGGCCAACGGGGUGGUGACGCAGGGGAAGCACGGAAUUGUGGUCCAGCAGUCGCAGCAGCAGAUCAUCAGCCUCCCGGCGUUUGUGGAUCACGACGGCAACACAAAGAUCAUCAUAAACUACAGCAUCACCCCGGCAGCCGGCACCACCGCCACCACCCAGCCGUUUGUAAUCAAGAACAAUCCCCCUCUCACUGUGACCAGCACCGCCGCGGCCCCUUCCCCCUCCGUCACCGGUAAGGCCUCCACCCCCCAGGCGGCCGAUCUCUCACUCGUGAAGACGGAGCCGGAGGAUUCGGUGCCCGUCUCAGACGAGGCGGCCUCCCGGACAGAAAUGGACGAUUCCGAGACUUCAGACUUUGCUCAGUUGCCAAAAGCCAACAGCACCAGUUCAUGUUUACUAUGUGAGGAGUGUCCCGACAACCUGGAGGCGCUGCACCUCCUCCAGCACCGCAAGGCCGCCAACGGGGAGGCCGUGGACUCGGCCGCCCUGGACCCCUCGUUCGCUGCUCUGCUGAACGAGGCGGGGGUGACGCUGGAGGAGCCGCCGGUGGAAGACAUCGUCUCCCUCCUCAAGACCCACUUCGCCUCCAACGCCAACCCCAGAGACCGAGAGCUGACCAAGAUCUCAGAGGACGUCGAUAUUCCCCUGGACGUGGUCAGGAAGUGGUUUGCCAAAAUGAAAAAACUGGGCAAAAGCUGCGGUAACACUAAAGCAGCGGUUUCCAACCGGACUCGGACCAGAAGCUCCCUCUCAGCAGACACUAGGAACCAGAGCGGAGAGGGAGAGGACGAGGCCCAGACACGUUCUCGAAGCACUUCUCCUUCAGACUCCACAUCACAAAGCCUCAGCAGCGGGGGCCUGGUCAUCGUUAAGAGCGAACCAGAGGACCCCGAGUACCCGGACUCUCAGGCUCAGCCCCUGGACCUGUCGCUUCCCAAACACAUCGAGGCGGCGGCAGCAGCAGCAGCAGGGACAAUCAGCAUCAGCAAGCCUCCGACCAAACAGGAGCAGCCGCUGAACCUGACCUGCCUGAGGAAGGAGCAGCUCGCCGGCCGCACCAUCUACGUCACCACGGCUCAGAGCGGGAACCCGGUGAACAUCGUGUCUGCGGCGCAGCUGCCCACGCUGGUGGCCAUCGCCGGUCAGAGCACGGUGCGGUGCAUCAGUGCCAUCAACACCACGACCAAGAGAACCAUCCUCAUCCCCCAGCUCACCUACACCUACGCCACUACGCCCGGGAACGCCUCCGGGGCAAAGACCGUCGUGCUCAACGGACACAAGGAGGAGAAACGUUUGGACAGCAGCUCGGACGGCUUGUCCGCGGUGGAGGAGUCCACAGACCUGGAGUCAGCCGGGAAGAAGCGGCGGAUGGAGAACGGCGUCUACCCGUGUGACCUCUGCUCCAAGGUCUUCCAGAAGGGCAGCUCCCUGCUCAGGCACAAAUACGAACACACAGGAAAGCGGCCUCAUGAGUGCACCAUCUGCAAGAAGGCCUUCAAACACAAGCACCACCUGAUCGAGCACACGCGGCUGCACUCGGGGGAGAAGCCCUACGAGUGCGACAAGUGCGGCAAGCGGUUCUCCCACUCGGGCUCCUACUCCCAGCACAUGAACCACCGCUACUCCUACUGCAAGAAGGACGGGUCCCCCCCCGGCCCUCACCCGCUGCUGAGCAAGGGCCACUCGGAGCUCGGCAGCCCCGGCACCGGGCCGCAGUCGGACAGCCGGACCACCACCCCGCCCUCCCAACUGGACUCAGACGAGCGGGAGAGCGAGGAGGACGAGGAGGAGGACGAAGACGACGAGGCCAUGUGCAUGGACGACAUCAGGGUCGUGCAGGUGGACGACGGCGACUGCGAGAUCUACGAGGGGAACUUCGAUGAUGAGGAGGAGGAGGAGGAGGAGGUGGUCGAUGAAGAGACUCUGAGGGAGGAAGAGGCGCUGAGACAAAAGGAGAAGGAGUUUGUGUGCGACGUGGUGGAGGUCGAGCUCGGGGACGAACACAUGGAGGAGGAACAGGAAGCUGCUGGGGGGGAAACGGAGGAGAUGGAAGACUGUGAAGCAAAUACGGACAAAAGCAUCAGGGAGGGGUCUGACGGCAUCGAACCCACGGAGGAAGGAGAGGUGGUGACAGACGCCAAAUAAAAAAAAGGAAGUGACUUCUCUUCGGGAUGUGUCGAUCAUUGAAGACGAGUUGAGACACACCCGUGACCUCGCCAUCAGAAGGACAGACUUGGCGGCUGCCUGAUUUUAAACGGUCCACCACUGUGUACAAAAACCCAGGUGUGCCUGAACUUGAACGAAAAACCUGAAAAAAUUAACAAAACAGUGACUUUUUUUUCCGUUUCUUGUGAAAAUUAACUAUCAGUGUUAAAUUGUUUAUAGAAGUACAGAUUUUAAAAAGGCGCAAAACUCACCCAUCAACUUGUUAGACUUGUUACUGAGACAUCCCAGGUCGUUCUGUCCGUCUGUCUGCUCUUAUUUGGGUCAGUGUUACUAAUCUUGUUCUUGUUUUGAAACGUUUUAACCUGUAAAGAUGAGAAAGAUUUCUAUACCUUUUUAUUGCCAAUGAAGUUUCCUAAAUCAGUAUUUUAUUGAGUUCUACGAACAAAAACCUGCACUACAGUAUUCCUGGUUUACCUAUGGAUACAUGCCUCAUGCAUUGUAUGCCCUUCAGUGUUAUAUAUGUUCACUAGCUGGCGGGAUGUCCAUCGUGUUAGUGUUAGUCUUUGCUAGCUAGCGUUUCGUUUGUUUUCAGUUUGACUGUUAGCCUUAAGGAAAACAAAGUAUUCAUGGGGGGGGGGGGGAUGGGGAGUCUCCGGGGUGAGAACAUGGCUUCUGAACGCCAUAACCAAAUUAGUCCUAUCAGGGAAGGUAGAGUCACAACCUCAACAGCCAGCAUCAGGCACCCGUGUUUCAUGACCCGGCGCGGCCCAGGCGGGUGGAGUCCAGGUGAGGACCCCCCCCCACCCACCUGCUCGGCUUUUACCCGUGGUUCCAAAACGCACGGACCCGAGCGUCUCCUUUUUUUUUUCGGGCUUCAGUUGUCAGUCAGUGUCUGUGUGUUGUGUUGUGUAUCCGUCAGACUGUCUGUGAAGGAGCAGGGCUCUUUCCUGCUCCACCCCAAUGCCUCCAGCCUUAUGCAAGACCUGUGUGCUGUUAAAAGUGCCAUUGAACAGUGUUAUCGUUUCCUCUUCUCACAUGUAGCCGGUGUUAAGUCCCUUCGUUACUUCAGCAAGACCCAUGUUAACUAAAGUUUGUCGACCUCGCACAGAACAACACACCCUGGUCACUGUCCUUUUUAAAAAGCAGCUCCUGUGAAAGUGAUGCAACGUGUGGAGGCCUUGAACACUAUCUGAACCGCACCUGAAGGGCGGCGACACGUUUAUGGUGGCAAGUAUUUUUUGUUUUUUUUGUUGUUGCUUUAUUAUCGGUGUAGUAUCGGUAUUAUUUUUGAUUAUUAACAAUUAAUAGUUUUGUUUGAAAAUGUGAGGAAAUAGUGGAAAAGUGCACGUUAUUAAAAUCCAAAGAUAAAAACUUUAUAAUGAUAUAAAACACAGGCGUGGAAAAGGUGGAGGUAAAAAUAACAAAAUAACUUAUCAAUAAAUUAUUAGAACUGGUUUUUCCAAUGUGAGUAGAAACAGAAGCAACUGUUUCACUCAUUAGAAAACAGGCAACACACAUUCUCCUAAAGUUGUGUUAGAAUAAAUCAGUUUUAAUUUUUUUAUUAUUAAUACCAUGAAUUAAAGUGAAAACAAUUCCUUUAUUGACAAUAACACAAAAUUCUGGUUUUGUCCAGAUCCCAGUUUCACGAAGAGAGUUUCAGUACCUCAAUCGCCAAUUAAUCAAUUAUCAAAACAUCUUAUCUGUUAGACUUGAUAAUGUGUUCAAACUAUUUUUUGUUGUUAUUGCGAAACAGAAUCAAAUAUCUCUAUAUAGUUUAAACUAAAGGAUUUUGAAUCAGAAAUAACCAGGGGUAACUGUUGGAAAUCAGAAACAGGCCCUGAUGAUCUCAUGUGAAUAAUGCAAUUUAAAGUUUUGCUAAGUGCUUCAUAAACAGACAAUGCUGUUGAUGCAGAUUGAAGCAUUUCCCUGAUCCUGCAUGAAGUUCACUCCACCACGUCGACUCUAACUUUAAGGUUUAAAGUUUAAAGUUUUCCUCGUGUGACGUGCACUUGUUCUCAGCAGAGUUUAAGAUGAAGUUGUUUCCGAGCUGCCGCACACUUCAGGUGACAAACGUUAGCGAAUGUGGUGUAGUGUUUUCACCUGGUUUUACCGAACAGUAUUUUGUUUUGAGUCUGUUUGGUUCAUAUUUCUGUCCAUUACCCCCCCACCACAACCACCACCAAUGGCAGUAUUAGAACCCUCUUCACAGAACUAUACCUGUUUAGUUCCUAGCAGACCUUUUUAUAUUUAUGUCUCUUAUUUUUAUUUUUUCUGUCAUGCUUAUUUAUUACACAUUGUAGUGUACAUUACUGUAGUUUGAAUUGAUACAAUAAUAUAUUUUAGUAUGAAAAAUAAUCUCACGACAAACUAAAAUUCCCCAAAAAAAAUGUAGUUCCGGGAGCUGAAGUUUGUUUUAACAAAAUCGUUAAAAAAAAUUAAAAUCAAAUAAAAAUAACAUGUAUUCUGUAAACAUCUGUUUUAAGCUGAAAAAUGAAAAAAGACAGGAAUGAGAAAUAGAAUCUGUUACAUGUGCAUCCGCUCGCUGCGUCGUUUUGAAGCUACUGAAUCCUGAACCUCUGUGAUUUUAAAAGCAUGAGUCCUCGCUGUUUUAAUGAAGGGUCUUGAUAUGAAGACGUCGCUCCUCACCUUUUUGUUUUGUUUUUAUUUGGAAGCCAAACCUAGACUCCCCCCCCCCCCAAUGUUUUCUGUUCUGUGCCAACUCGCUCCAUCGUCCUGUCGAAGGCUGCAUAUUGUUUGUCCUCUACUCGCCCUUUGUAAAUCCACUGUCUCUUUUUUUGUAUUGUUUGUACUUUAGUUUUGCUCCAUUUUUAUGACUCCCCAUCACAAUAAAAUAUAAGAAAGCA